AUGACGUUCCGUUACGCCGCUCAGUUGCUGGCAAUUGCGGUUCUGGGACUUUCCGUGUGUUCGUACGCGCUGUCACUCCAGUCUCCUCCACUGGAUCGUCGAGCAUGGUUGGCCACGUGUGCGUCGGCGGCCGCCGUCGGAUUCCCCAGUACGGCGGUAGCCGUUUCGGUCCCCACGCUCACUCCGUUCCUCGAUUCCCGCCACGGCUUUACCGUCGACGUUCCGUCGCAGUGGAGUCGGACGGAACAACAAUUGAGUGACCGCCGGACGAUUGUGGUUUGGACGGACCCCGCCGACGCCCGGGCCAGUGUCUUUGUCGCCUACACCCCCGUCCGGGACGACUUUACCUCACUCGGGAGUUUCGGAUCGGUGGAUCAAGUCGCGGCCCAAACGAUUCUCCCCAAAGCACAAAUUGCCGGAGUAGACGUCGAAGCAACCAUGCUCGCGGCGGUCUCGCAGAAACAAGCCUACUUUUUUGAUUACCGACAGGCGGUACCCAACGUACAACCCCCCACGCACUUUCGGACCAUCUUUACUCUCCAACAGGGAGCUACCGGCGGCGCCGGUGCCGUCCUCGUCACGCUCACGGCACAGUGUCCGGAAGAACUGUACGCAACGAAAUACCAAUCGUUGUUUGAUUCCAUUCUAGACUCGUACGCAAAGAGCAAAUGA